CAACACCGAAGCUCAUCAACCACCGCAAGCCCUCGAUGGCCUGAUCAACCCAAAUAUCCCCGCAAUCAAAAGUAGACAUUGCCAAGGAGUUGGGUUGUACUGUUGGCGCCAAUACAAGGCUAUUCAUCCCAGAUCCGAACCAAGAGCAGGACGAUCAUGGCCUAACCCCGAAGAGGUCAUUAAGGUCCUGCAAGCCAGAAAACAUUGAUCUACCAAAUCGAACAUGGCGACCGCAGUCCGGAUCUGUGUUUGUGGCGACGAGGGGACGGGCAAGUCCAGUCUGAUUGCCUCGCUUGUGAAGGACACCUUCGUCGCCAACAAGAUCCAGUCUGUAUUGCCCCAGGUCACCAUUCCUCCAACCAUCGGCACCCCCGAAAAUGUCACCACCACCAUUGUCGACACGUCGGCCCGCCCCCAAGACCGAACGACGCUGCGCAAGGAGAUCCGAAAGUGCAAUGUCAUCAUGCUGGUCUACUCAGACCACUACAGCUACGAACGCGUGGCCCUGUUUUGGAUGCCGUAUUUCCGCUCGCUGGGGGUCAACGUUCCUGUCGUGCUAUGUGCGAAUAAAUCGGACCUCGCGGGCUCCGGCAACACGCCGCAGGUGAUUGAGGAGGAGAUGCUGCCGGUUAUGGCCGAGUUCAGAGAAAUCGAUUCAUGCAUCCGCACGAGCGCCAAGGAGCAGCACAACGUCAUCGAGGUCUUUUACCUCUGCCAAAAGGCCGUCACGCACCCAAUAGCGCCUCUGUACGAUCACAAGGAGGGGCAGCUGAAGCCCGCGUGCGUGGCCGCGCUGAAGAGGGUAUUCUAUCUGUCGGACAAGGAUCAGGACGGCUAUCUGAACGAUCAAGAGAUGCAGGAGUUUCAAGCUAGGUCCUUUAAUAAGCAGCUAUUGGCGGAGGAACUCGAUAAUAUCAAGUUGACUGUCAGCAAGGCUGUGCCGACAUGCAGCUCAGAGAAGGGUCUUGACCUUAAGGGUUUUUUGCAGUUGAACAAGCUGUACGCAGAAAAGGGUCGCCACGAGACGAUAUGGAUUAUUUUGAGGAAGCACCAUUACACGGACAGCUUGAGUCUGGAAGACAGCUUUUUGCAUCCUAGAUUCGAUGUCCCAGACUAUGGUUCGGCAGAGCUCAGCCCGGCGGGGUACCGCUUCUUCAUGGACCUCUUUUUGACCUUCGACAAGGACAACGACGGCGGCCUCAACGAUCAGGAACUGGCAGCCCUGUUUGCCCCCACCCCUGGGCUACCGCAAUCCUGGAUAGAGACCUCAUUCCCCUCGUCCACCCUCCGGAACGAGGCUGGUCACAUCACGCUACAAGGUUGGCUUGCGCAGUGGAGCAUGACCACCUUCCUGGAGCCAAAAACCACGCUAGAAUACCUCGCCUACCUCGGCUUUGAGGGGCCAAACGUUCGCGAUUCCACAACAGCCGCCCUGAAGGUGACCAAGCCGCGGAAGCGGAGGCGGAGGCCGGGCCGCGUCGAACGGAACGUUGUGCUUUGCUACGUCCUCGGCUCCUCAGGAGCAGGCAAGUCCUCCCUUCUCGACGCCUUCCUCAACCGGCCGUUCGAUUCGCUCUACCACCCGACCAUCAAGCCCCGCCGCGCGGUCAACAGCGUCGAGCUGCCCGGCGGCAAGCAGGUCUACCUGAUUCUUGAAGAGCUCGGCGAGCUGGAGCCGGCCAUACUGGAGAACCAGGCGAAGCUCGACGCGUGUGACCUGAUCUGCUACGCGUAUGACUCGUCCGAGGCCGACUCCUUCUCACACAUUGUCGACCUGCGCAAGCGCUACUCGCACCUCGACGAGCUGCCCGCCAUCUACACGGCGCUCAAGGCCGACCGCGACAAGGCGACGCAGCGCAGCGAGCUCCAACCAGACGCCUACACGGCCGCGCUGAACAUGUCGGCACCCGUGCACGUCAGUGUCACGUGGAGCAGCAUCAGCGAGCUGUUUGUUGCGCUGGCCGAGGCCGCCACCAACCCGAGCACCGCCUUCCCAAAGAGAGAGGAGCCGCCGGACCGAACGAGCCUAUACAUGGCGUUUGCGGCCACGUCGUGUGCUGCGCUCGCGGCCUUCAUGAUUUGGCGGCGGUCGACGAACUCCAUGUAGCGCGUGGAGUCCUAGCUGCUCGUUGGUUGGUAAGGUGCUACUGGAAUUCAGGUACAGGGCGGUCAGGUUGGAGUGCCUCGGGAAAGAGGAAGUGCGCAUUUCAGAGGAGUCUUUUUUUGGUCGGGUAGUGAGGCGCUGGCGAACUCGGGGUUUUUCUUCUUGGUCAUUGAUUUCGAGAGCCACAGCUGCCCCUACCCCCAGCCGUUUGGCAACAGGGAUGAUGAUACCCACACUCCUCCUUCAGAUUCAGAUGCAAUAAGCAUAGCAUAUAAGUGUUUAAUCUCACCUUGUAAUGCGCUUUUCCGUAGAGAACCCGGCUGAUUCGCUUCCUUCACCAUUAUACGCAGGUCAUUCAAGUGUGCGGGCUCAGCUCUCGGAACCGAUCAGUGGAACGGAACUCCUUGUGAGAAGGAAUGAGGC